AUGGAUUGGCAAGAUGAAGGUCCUUUUUUCAUUCUUUAUCAAAAUAUAUGCUUCAUAUUUCGUCGUCUGCUACGAGUUACACUAAAUUGGUUCAUGCAAAUGGUAACUGGUAAGACGGAACUUGAAAGAAUUCUGAUUUGGAGAACCAAUAAUCGUGGUCAGAUUACAGCAGAAUUGGAAAAGCUCAUUGAUGAAGGAGAGUUUUCAAUAAUGCCGAUGUUUUGGGAAGCUGAACAGGAAGACAAACUUGCAACAGAUCUUAUCAAGAAAUGCUGCUCACAAGUAGACAAUGAGCAGUUUAAUGAGAUGAAAGAUGUAUUAAAGAGAUCAUUGAGCCAAAUACGUGGCUACCGUCAAUUACGUGAUCAUGUUGAGAAUAUGUGUAAGGAGAAGUAUGAUCGUGAAAAUGAAAUUCAUGAAAAAAGAUUGCUCAAAUUAUGGGAACUUUUAAUGCCAAUGGAAAAUUUGGAAGCUAGGAUGACGAAUCAAUGGCAAAAGAUUGGAUUUCAGGGUCAUGAUCCGGCCACUGAUUUCCGAGGUAUGGGAAUUCUUUCACUGGAACAGCUCAUUUUCUUGGCGCAAUACGAUGUUGCACAUGCGCAAUCAAUCCUUUCUCAUUCAAAUCAUCCUUUGUACGGUUUUCCAAUGGCAGUGACAGGAAUCAACUUGACAGCUUUGAUUAGACAAUUACUACAGGUUAAUGCAUUAAAAAUGCACUUCUACAAUACUAUUUCCGGGACACCAACGAUUGACAACUUUCAUCACGUUUUUUGUCAAGUGUUCAAACUGUUUUGUGCUUUUUGGACUAGAAAGAAACCAGAAUUGGUCUAUUUUAAUAAAGUUAAGGAUGAUUUUGAAGCCCAAUUAAUGGUGCAUUUACAUUCGGAAGAAGCUAACUUGGAUAAGUUAGAUAUACGAUCAUUUGAGUAA